AUGCAACGACGCAACAGCACGAGAUCUGGUGUCCUGUCGCGCCAGAAGUCGACUUCAUCCGUGAAGAGCGUCCAGCUCAUUCACAUUCACCCAGAAGCAGCUGAACGUGAUGCUCAGAGCGCAGCUGCCCAGGCCUUCGCAAGGGCACAAGAACGAUCCUCUACAGAUACAACCCCGUGGCCACCCUCUCGGGCUGACAAGAAGCAAUCCCAUCUCCGGCGGCAGAAUUCUACUCCUGAGAGUCGUCCAACUGGUCCUGGCCUUCGAAAGCAACAGAGCGUUCGCUUUGUCCAGCCUCAACCUUCGAGAAGCUAUUUGAGAUCGGAGCUGACACAAUCUACGCCCUCGCAAUCAGCUGAUACCGAGUCUUGCAUAACAAAAAGCCGAGUGAACUCCAGACCUACAGGUAAUGCCUCAGCGACCGGGAUGGUUUUUGCCGCCAAGGGCGCUGCAGGCGACUACAUAAACGCCCUCAUUACGGGAGAGGAAUACUACACGCCUGAGGAUGGUAUAGCUUCAGCUCCAUCUUCAUAUCGCCGCCUUCGCAAGUCCAGAUCCAUGUUCGCUAGCUCUGAGCCGGGCUGCCAGGGAGGGCUUCGUCAGUCCCCGAGAUCAGCAACAGCUCGGCCAUUCCAGCGUCACGUCCCAAAUUCUCGGCACAACAACGAAAACAGGAGUCCUUUGGCUCUGAGGGCUCCGAGAUCGAUGAGCUUCCUGGGAGACAGACCAGAACCUUUCAGUAUGGCCAUGAGAACCGAUGUGUGGGCAUCUGGUAUUCCCGAUGAUGAGUCGCUUUACGCAGGGAUUCCGAGCACUCUCGCAGCUCAACCACCUACAUGCCACAAAACGCGAGACAGGCCACAAAAAGUGUUCAGGAAAACGUUGCGGGAUCUGAGCAAUAGUGCGACUACAGCGCAGUCCGCUUCAGGGAAAGACGGAAGCUUGAGGAAGAAAGCUCGGAAGGUUUCUCAAAACUUCAAGCACAAAAUCAAGUCGUUCUUCAGUGUCGCCCGUGUCGACAACGAUGAUGCAGUACUUCCUCCUCAGCAAAUCAAAUCUCAGAAGACACAUGUGACGGAGGUUGAAGAUCAUGAUCACCAUCCGAGCGGCUUUUACUAUGAGCAUCUCGACUCAGAAAACACCACUGUAUCUCGCGUUACCUCUGGCAUUCCUUCCCUUCACUCUGUACCUGUCGAACAGCAACUUCGCUCACGUCAAGGCAGCCUCGAAAGCCUACACAGUGAGAAGAGUGCAUCUGAUGAGAAAUCCAGGGUUACAAGUUGGACAGAUUCUGAGACCAAUACCUUUUGCACAAUGAAUAGCUCAAAAGGGGAGUGGGAGAAGCAACGGCUGUCAGUCAUCAAGGAAAAUGGUGCUCACAUUUCUUCACCCUCUGUCCAGAUUGAUACUGCAGAUUCGCUCCCAGGUCACUAUUUACAAGCGCGAGAGUCCCAGGAAGCUGUCCCAGCCGGGCAGCAGACUGAUGGCCAAAGGCUGUAUUCAGCUUUGAAGAAGAGACGUGAUGCCCCUCAACAACAACGAAGGCACAGAGCUGAGAUCAGUCGCCAGCAGAGCAUCGAAGACUUUGUAGUGCACGGCAUCCCUCCUCCUCGAAGCAGUUCUAGGGAUCGAGUUGUUGGCGGAGACAGUAAGCCUGCAGCCACGGGACAAAUCACUCCCAGAGCUCGUACAAGCCCAACCUUGUCCCGACCAUCAUCGGCUUCAACCGUGGUACAUGGUCAGGAAGGGUCCACUACUCGAGCUACGUCAGAAAUGGUCAAUGAAGACCAUUGUCGAUCUAGAUUUUACCUAUCCACUAAUAUUCUAGUGUCACCAGCAGAUAGGGCUGUCAACUCUCAUCAAACACUGGCAUUGCCGGCCCGGGCCAUGACGAGCCCACAAGUAGGAGCCAAGCCAAAGCAGAUCCGGACCUUGUCUGAAAGGAGCUCGGCAUUUUUUGGAAGCCCAGCGUGUCACUUAUUCCGAACAAAAAGCCCAUACCGCCGUGCAAUACAGGGAUCCAUGCAGGCUGCCGCUGACACAAAUACCGCCUCGUCCCCCGAGUUCAAUCCCUGGAUGAAGACAUUGAACAGUCUUCCAAUUCGCCAUCUAAGCAGGUGCGAGUCCGAAAUCGACAGGAAGAUGAUAUACGCAGAGAGCAUCUAUUCUUGUGAAGAAGAACCCAUGAAUCACUCGAUCCAUACGCCCUCAAUAGUUGCUCAAUUCCCUGAUCCACCGGGAAGAAAUCUUGGCGAUGCCACCAUCUUUCUUGACCCACCGAUCUAUAGACCGAAACAACGCCUCGAAUCGAAUCAUCGGGUAACCUCAUCGGCAAGUUCGGUUGAAUGGAAGAAGUGGCUUUCUGCAAACGUUUCCAAACUAGAACAAUCAACCUUAUCGCUUGAGCAGUGCAAUACCAGCGGAGACGAAUGUGAAGCUCCCAGAGUGCCUCGGGUAUCGGGUCAUCUUCGUGAGAGUGCACAAAUCAGCGAUGAUGACGAUGGUGACAAAAUACUUGAAGAUGGAUUCGACUUAGCUCAUAUGAGCGGAAUUUUGCAGCAAACGGCUCCCUCGCAUGAUAUUCCGAAUAGCGGACAGAUGGACCUGGGCUCACAGGACGAGUACCCGGCCCCUUUAUCCACGAGGCCGGCAGGCCUUGACAGUCCACCACCAGUUCCUACUAAGAGUAACUUGCGACCAACUCCCUCUAAAGAGCGCUCAUGGCCAUGCAAUCAAAAUUCACAUCCCAUUGACACAAGUCAAAAGAAGGGUGCCUCCAGAUCUAUUCGAUUGAGACGUCUUGCUCACGCGCGGUCCUUUAGCCCUCUUGGAGCUCGAGAUGUAAGCACAAUUACACCAACCAAGAGAACAAUCCAAGGUAGGGCCAGACCAAAUAGCUACGUCAAUUCAUUGUACAACCCAGGACUCGACACGGUGCAUGCAGAACAACUUGGGAAGGUUGGGCGUUCGAUAGAGUCCAAACACUAUCCCGUUGCGAUCACACCUGUCAAAACGGAGAACAUGAACCCCCGAGGCUCAGACGAGGAUGACCCUUUUCAGUCUCAAGGACCGGAUCUGAUGGUCCCUGGAUUGAGCUCGAACGGCCGCUCUAUUAGCAGUAGGCGUAUGGUCGACAUAUUCCUCGACAGCAGACGACGAAGGAUUGCUGGAAGUGAUGAUAGCGAUGCUUUUAUAUAA